AUGUGGGAGCAGAAAGAUGAAAUUUCGGUGGAGUUGGAGUGGAUGUGGGUUUGCCCUAUUGACAGGCGCAUCCGUGACGCCGGCGAGGUUCAUGAUACUUACCCCGGACUGGAGGGCCCUGGAAGGACCCACUUCCUUCGUGAGGAUUAG